AUGUCUGACUCGUCGUCUUUGUCGGAUCCUCCUCAGGGUCCUCCACUGGCAGUGGCUAUCCAGCUGCCUGUAGAAGCAGGAGUCGAACUUCCGCCGCAACCCAACGUACCUCCCAGUGAUUACGACAUCUGUCGGGCAAAAUUAUAUGAGAAGCAAGUGGAGAUCAACUACACGCGCGAAUUGGUUGAUGAUGUUCAGUUUGCAUCCGCAAUCAAAUACAAGGCAUAUAUCGUCGCCGCCUCUGAUCACAAUGCUGCUCCCCCUUGGUUCAAUCAGAGCAUGAGGACUCUUUUGUCGCCGAUGCGUCGUGAGAUCAGGAAGUUGAACAGAAAGGUAGACGAUGGUUUUCAGCGACUUGAGCGGCGCCUUGCAGAUACUCAGAGAACUUCUGGCAAGAUGUACAACAGCAUGAAUGCCAAGGGCGAUAAUGUGCCAUUCGUCCAGAUUCCCUGGGAAGACGGCACAUAUCCGUGGGGCCUUGUAUACCGAAAUGAUCCAUUGCCAGCUCUCACCUCUGUUGAUGUCGUUGAGGGGCUGGCCAGACAUCAGUCACGCAAAUAUUUUCAAGGCUACUGCCCUGACAAGGAAAUUCCCGAUGAUCAGGGUACGAGAACGGCAGCAAUCCUGCGCGCCAUAGGCGACUUCAGGUUUAACGCUGGAAUGCUGGGCGAUGUAGUUGUGAAGCUCAAGGCGACAUGGAGACGAAAGUGCCACACGUACCCAUCGUCUCGAUCGUUCCCAUUGUUUCUGGUGUCUCCUUCUAAGACUGGUGAGAUCAUGUCUCACCAAGCCGACAAUGUCCACGGUCGUGGACGGGGUCGUGGUAGUGAUCAUAGUCAAAGUCGCGGUCGCGGUCGCGGCUACGGCCUCGGCGAUGGUCGUGCAUCUCCCCUUCCAGGUCGUCGUGUCCGCGGUCGCGGUGUACUCCCCCUUCCAAGUGCCAGUGGCCAUGGCGUACAGCGCCCCUGGAAUGAUACCUCCCUUCCUUCCGAUCGAGACACUCUUCUAGGCCUCCGCGUGGCGCCAACGCUGCCAAAGCCUGAGGACGUUGCAGGGGAGGAUAUAGCGAUAAAGGAUGUAGCGUACCUUGGAUCAUAUAAUUGGCUCGACAGCGUAGAGCCAACGAUCGUGGUUCCGGGCUCUCCUCCAGUAUGGCGCGACAGGCGGACUCCAUACGCUGUCCCGCGCGAUACUGGGACGAGGUUUGUGGAUGAAAAUGGACACCGUAUACACCGUUAUCCACUCCUUCCCUUGAUCCGUGCGAUCGACGUACUUGCCGAGGAGCGCGGUACAAGCAACAUUGACUGGACUAAAGUCGACUUCAUCGUGGAUCGGAACUGUCUUCGAAAACUCCUACACUGGAUCAACGAUAAAGAUGGUACCGCCUCUGAAUUCAGGAUUGACACCCAGCUGGCUGGCAAAGGCACGGUUCUGAUGAGUCGUUGGGAGAAGCGUACAAGUGAGGAAGCUGAUCCAGCCGUUUGGACGUACAGUCUCAGCUUCGAGCACGAGAGCACGACUCCCAUUGAGGGCUGCGAACAGCGGGGUGGACAUCACAGAAUUGUGAAAUAUGACUUCAAUGGCUUGUUACUGGUCGUGCGCUUCUACGUGGAUGCAUGCACAGCUUCCCUGCCUCCAGCUCGACCUCCGACAUCGCCUGCGAAUAUUGAUGAUAUCUCGGGCCUCGUAUCAGGUCUGAAUGUCUCUCCAAACAAUCAGGCUUCCUCCGCCUCAGGCGACACAGAUACCGCGCUCGGUACCUACCUACGGGUCAAACGCGGAGGCUCGCAGGUACCUCAGGACUCCCUUGUCGAACUCGCCACCCGCUCAAAGAAAUAUAAAGACCAGUACAACUGGAUCCAUACAUUCACGCAGCUUCUCUUCUCUCAGAUUCCCAACCACUACUUUGCGGUGCACGAGCGUGGCACAUUCGAGACGAUCGAGAAACGCAAUCUGGGCGAUCCUUUCUUCACCCGUCUCCAGAGCCAAGCGCAGGCGAGCUUCAGGCAGGCAGGAUAUCAAGGAUAUUGUGAUCAAGCGCGGGCGAGCUGGGCGGCUCAGUUUGGUGUAUCAGCAUGGCCAGUUGCAGGUAUUGGACAAGGAUAG